UAUAAGGUUGGCAAAAAAGUCUUGCGGUAUUUCCGAUAGGUGUCUUUGCAAGCGCGUAGUUCUAGUUCUAUUCUUCGCAUCGGUUCAUGCUAUACCUUUUUGGAAAGGUCUUUUCACGCGCUAUCACGUGUUUGUUUUUGUUGUUUUUUUUGAGUCGUUCGUGAGUUAUAGCUUCGAGAAGCUAUAGAUUAUAGCAUGGAGAAAAAUAAAGAGAAAAUACCACAUAUUUUACAGUACUACUACGAUAAAGGCAAAAAUGCAAUUCAUGCUGCCAAUAAAAUUUGUGCAGUUUAUGGACCCGAUACAGUUUCCAUUUCCACCGCACGACGAUGGUUUCAAAGUUUGCGUUCUGGUGCAGAGGUGGUCGAAGAUGAGCCACCGUCCGGAAGGCCUGUCGUCAAAAAUUGCGAUAAAUUAGCUGAAUUGAUCAAAAGAGAUAGGCAUAGUAGCAUCGGCCAAGAUCUGGGCAUGAGUCAUCAAACCGUUAUAAACCAUUUGAAGAAACUUGGAUUCACAAAAAAGUUCGAUGUAUGGGUGCCACACGACUUGACUUAUAUAAUUCCUCUACUCCCUCGGUCACUGGACUGUAACUGGCGCAGCCGAGCUUCGAACAAGGGAUUGACCAUGCCCACUACGCUUACCAUUCUAAUUUCCUUGAAGGCUGAGGUAUACCUGCCACAACCUUUAGUAUGGACCCUAGGAAGUCUAUGCUUCUCGCGACCCUGUGGUGCGUACCCAAGGCCUCUAGCAAGUCCUGCAGAUGCACUGUAUCUACGACCAGGAGCUUCUUCAUGUUCGCGGAAUGUUUUACAAAAGCAUACUCUUCCCAAACCAGGACUUGUCCAUCUAUGAUGGGGAUGUAUUUGACGUGCGAGUAGUUGGUGAUGUGCGCCGAAGCCAGCGACAAAGACAAAGAGGUUACCCAGCACCAAAUGGAAGAUUGAAG